GUGGUUUCCCAAUCAGGGGUUUUAUCAGUCCUCUGUCGACAUUGAGGUCUCUCCAGUUUUCUACUUCAGUGAUUGAUGCUGCACAUCCUUGAGCAUGUGUCCUUGCAUGCCUGCCAACGUUUUUUUGCUAGACACCAUGCCACAGGAACAGUAGAUCUCUUCCCUGUUUCACAAUGGAGGACUCCGGAAAGAAGACUUUCAGCUCUGAGGAGGAAGAAGCUAACUACUGGAAAGAUCUGGCUAUGACCUACAAGCAGAGGGCAGAGAAUACUCAAGAAGAACUGCGAGAAUUCCAAGAGGGAAGCAGAGAGUAUGAAGCUGAAUUGGAGACACAGCUGCAACAAAUCGAAACCAGAAACAGGGACCUCCUGUCAGAAAAUAACCGCCUCCGCAUGGAGCUAGAAACUAUCAAGGAGAAGUUUGAAAUGCAACAUUCUGAAGGCUACCGGCAGAUCUCAGCCUUGGAGGAUGACCUUGCACAGACAAAAGCAAUUAAAGACCAGUUGCAGAAAUAUAUCAGAGAGCUGGAGCAAGCCAAUGAUGACUUGGAGAGAGCAAAACGAGCCACAAUCAUGUCUCUGGAAGACUUUGAGCAGCGCUUGAAUCAAGCCAUUGAAAGAAAUGCUUUCCUGGAGAGCGAACUUGAUGAGAAGGAGAAUCUCCUGGAAUCUGUCCAGCGACUGAAGGAUGAAGCCAGAGAUUUGCGGCAGGAAUUGGCUGUGCAGCAGAAGCAGGAGAAGCCCCGGACCCCCAUGCCCAGUGCAGUGGAAGCUGAAAGGACAGACACCGCUGUCCAGGCCACUGGCUCCAUUCCGUCCACACCCAUAGUCCAUCGAGGACCCAGCUCCAGCUUCAACACACCAGGGACCUUCAGACGUGGUCUGGAUGACUCCACUGGCGGGACCCCUCUCACACCCGCAGCCCGGAUAUCUGCCCUCAACAUUGUGGGAGACCUGCUGCGGAAAGUAGGGGCACUGGAAUCCAAGCUUGCUUCCUGUCGGAACUUCGUGUAUGAUCAGUCUCCAAACCGAACAAGUGGCCCGUCCUCAGGGCGGGGGAGCAAGAACAGAGAUGGUGGCGACAAACGGGCCAGCAGCACCAGCGUGCCUUUGGGUGAUAAAGGGUUGGGAAAACGCCUGGAAUUUGGGAAGUCGCCUUCAAAUAUUUCUUCGCCAUCGCUGCCGUCAGCCCAGGGUGUAGUCAAGAUGUUGCUUUAGGAAAACCACGGAAGCUGAAGCCCUGGUGUUUGUUCAGAAGUUGUUACCUUUCUUCCACUCUUUAAACUAGUUGGGUUUUUUUGUUGUUGUUAAUUUUAAAUUAGUUUGAAAAAAAAAAAUAGCUAGCAGUAAUCAUAGUUAGCUUUGUGCUCUGUGGCCCAAACUCAUGACUUGAGGCCGUCACAAUAGCCCGUGGUGCUUGUCCCGGUGGAAGGUUGUCUCAUGGCCCCCAGGCCCCACUGUUGUGUGUGGCAAAGGGACAGGGACAGACUGGACCCUCUGGGAAGAGCUCUAAGGUGUGGUGAUGAGACUAGGGUUAAUGCUAACCCAAGAAUCCCAAGUGGUCUGGAGGGGUGUUUUUAAUGCCUGGAGACUCCAUAAAUGUGUCUCUGAGCCCGUCGCAGAGGCUCACGUCUGCCUUUUCAAGCACUCACCCCCAAUGCCCAACCCCCACCCAACUGGAAUUUUCCAGAACAAAAUCUCCAGUGCUUUAUGAAAGCACACUAAGGACGAAUGGACUAGGCACGUGCCUUUUUUAAACAGUGGUAGUGCACCUCUGAGACAUUGUAACCUCUCCUUGAGGCUUUCACAGGUGAGGUGAAGUGUUAGAGUAAAUGUCGCAUCAGCCCAGGGUCAGGGGAAAAUCUGUGUCCUCUGUAGGCAAGUCCUGACUGUCUGUUCUCUUGCACGCCCCCCCAUAUAGGGGUGACCUCAGCUUCCGGGCCCUGGGGUCAUGGGGCAGAGUGGCCUUGGCAGUGCAGUCCCUGAGAACAGGACUUCAUUCAAAGCCAUGAUAAAUUAAUGGGGUGACCUUCAAAUAAGAUGAAAACACAAGAAGGGUUGUUGUUGGAAGUGUCCUUUUUAAACAAGGAAAUGAACACGGGAUUUCCAGCCCUCGAUGGUGUGUAUCCGUCCUUAGCACUGCUUGUUAGGACUGCUUUCUCACACUUUCAGACUCCAGUUAAAGCACACUAAUUUCAGGAGCAUGCUUGUCCCUUAAUGACUUUCCUUUGGUUACUAAGUUAUUUUCCAAAAAUAAAGCAAAAAUGUCUUUGAUUAAAAAUAGAACUUUUUAAGUGCUACUGAAAGCCCCAGAAGAAUUAAACUGCAGUGCCGGGUUUGUUACCCUAAGAGACCUCCUUAACCUGUAUCAGUAAAAGAUGUGCUUUUAUUUUUUUAAAAGAACAAUAAAAAUCAAGAGAAAUCACUGUU